CAUUCCGGCCCUUCGCCGGCUCCUUCCACACGCACCUAAAUGAGGAACAUUCUCUUGCAGGUGUUUAUGUGCAGACUGACAUGGCCAUGAGCGCCAUCAGGACGUUGGAAGAAGAAUGCAUCAGACUAAAUGACUGCUUGUACACUGCACGUUCAGAAAACGAGUACCUUGCAAUGUCAGAAGAAUCACUCAGAACUUCGCAGCCUAAGGUAGCUUACUACACAGGGAUGGCAAGUUUCACAAUGAUGCUCGCGGUUUUCAAACUGCUGGAACCAUUUGUAGCCCAUGGUGUCAACAACAGCUUAACAAAAUUUCAAGAGUUCUUCCUUUUCCUGAUGAAGAUCAAGUUAAAUCUUCAAAAUGCUGACCUCGCCUUCAGAUUCAAUGUGUCCGAAUCAACUGUGUCCAGGAUUUUUGACAAGUGGCUUCAUGUUGCAUACUGCCGUUUGAAGUCCCAAAUUUCAUGGCCUGAACGAAGUGCUCUCCAGCGUACCAUGCCGCAAGCUUUCUAUGAUUCAUUUGGCAGCGAAGUGGCUGUCAUCAUUGACUGCUUUGAGGUUAAGAUCGAAAGGCCGUCAUCAUAUUUGCCGAGGAGUGAAACUUGGUCGACAUGCAAGGGAAGCAACACUGCAAUGUAUUUGAUAGGAAUUGCACCACAGGGUGUUGUCACGUUUAUCUCUGAAGGAUGGGGUGGUCGUGUAAGCGACAAGCACAUCACGGAGCACUGCGGGCUACUGGACAACUUGCUUCCUGGCGACGUUGUCUUUGCUGAUCGAGGUUUUAACAUUGCUGACAGCGUGGGUUUCUACUGUGCUCGCUUACAUCUGCCAGGAUACACUAAAGGUAAAAAGCAGCUAUCGGCAGCAGAAGUAGAAAGUACAAGGAGGCUCGCAAAUGUGAGGAUUCACGUGGAGAGAAUAAUUGGACUUAUUAGAAACAAAUUUUUGCUGCUUAAGUGUGUUGUACCAAUUGACUAUGUGACAUGCCGACAAGGUGAUAACGUCACUCCACUAGACAAAAUAGUGACUGUCUGCUGUGCGCUGUCAAAUUUGUGCCCUUCCAUUGUCGCAGCGUUGAAGGAGUCAAGCACAGAGCACGCUCCUGUAGGUGUUGACGAGUGCCCAUCAUAGCUUGUGAUUUAUGCACAAGGUCAAGAAUCGGGUGCAGAUUCAACGAAAAUAGUUCAUU